GAUUUCAACAACCGCAACACUACACGUGUGUGGACACAAACAAAACCUUCACGUUUUCCCCCCGAACUUUCGUAAGCCAAAAAAUAACAAAAAUAAUAAAACAAAAUUAAAAUACUCUUAUCCCGGUUCUCUUAAACGGAAAAAGCAGCAAAACUAGGCCAAUAAAACCAGAAACAUGCAUAAUCAAAACCAAAUCCUCUCAGUCACUAUUCAAAACCCAACAAAUAACAGAUUUUGCGACCAACCCAUUUCAAUUCCCACCCCCGAUAACAAAACCCAUAUCCCAAUUUUCAAUCUUCACCAUCAACGGCAAAUCUUCAUUUUCCGGUAGUCCCAAUGCCGGAAAUUGAAGACCACUCGCCACCGUCUCCGACGGAGCAAAGGGCUCUAUUCGGGAAAUACGACCUUGGAAGGCUCUUAGGAUGCGGCGCGUUCGCGAAGGUUUACCACGCGCGGAACCUUGAGACUGGAGAAAGCGUGGCGGUGAAGAUCAUAAACAAGAAGAAGUUACAGGGAACCGGUUUAGCCGGUAACGUGAAGCGAGAGAUAAACAUAAUGAGUAGGUUGCACCACCCUCACAUCGUGAAGCUCCGCGAGGUUCUUGCGACGAAGACGAAGAUCUUCUUCGUAAUGGAGUUUAUUAAAGGUGGUGAAUUGUUUGCGAGGGUUUCUAAGGGGAGAUUCUCGGAAGAUCUGAGCCGUCAGUAUUUUCAUCAGCUGAUCUCGGCCGUUGGAUAUUGCCACUCGCGUGGGGUGUUUCAUAGGGAUCUUAAACCGGAGAAUCUCUUGCUUGAUGAACAUGGCAAUUUGAAGGUUUCGGAUUUUGGAUUGAGUGCAGUUAGGGAUCAGAUACACCCUGAUGGACUAUUACACACGCUGUGUGGGACCCCUGCCUACGUGGCACCUGAGAUUCUAUCGAAACGCGGCUACGACGGUGCCAAAGUUGACGUAUGGUCAUGCGGCGUCGUUUUGUUCGUUCUAACGGCAGGGUACUUGCCGUUUAAUGACCCGAACUUAAUGGUUAUGUAUAGAAAGAUCUACAAAGGAGAGUUUCGGUGUCCACGUUGGAUGUCACCGGAUCUCAAAAGAUUCCUCCGGAAGCUUCUAGAUGUUAACCCAGAGACAAGAAUAACUGUCGAAGAAAUGAAAAAGGAUCCGUGGUUUAGAAAGGGCUACAAAGAGAUUAAGCCUUAUGAGGAUGAUUAUGGGCUUGGGCUUGGGGUUGGGCCCAAUAAGGUCUUGAAUGCGUUUGAUAUAGUAACUUUUUCUUCCGGUUUGGAUUUGUCAGGGCUGUUUGGUGAUAUUGGUAGUGGGAAGGGAGAGUGGUUGGUGGUUAGGGGGUUACCGGAGGAGGUGGUGGAGGUGGCGGAGGAGGUUGGGGUGGCGCAAGGGAUGGCGGUGAGGUGGAAGAAGGAGGGUGGGGUUGACUUGGGAAGGAUGAAAGGGGAAUUGGAGAUUGGGGUGGAAGCUUACCGGCUACCGGCCGAGAUGGUUUUGGUUGAGGUUAGAAAGAAGUUUGGGGAUGACGUGGCUUUUAGGGAACUUUGGGAGAAUAAACUCAAGCCUAGGUUUCUCUUGUUAAAAUGUGGUUCCGAUGUUGCGACCACCUCGUCGCAACAUAACGAGGAACCAGAGUCUCCGGUUCUAAACGAACAAAGCAGAAACAAUAAACCAGAAGUGAUUUAUGAUCAAUGUUGAGACAAAUCCUGAAAGAAUUGGGUCAAAAAAUUCUUACCCGAUCCAAACCAGUUCGAUGGCAAUUUAAUUGGUUCGAUUUUAAUUUGUCUUUAAUUUAAUCCAAUUCGAACCACAAACAUCCCUAUCAAACAUUAUUGUUAAAUGAAGUGUGAUCGUUCGAAUCCCGCCUUGUGCAUGCAGCAGUUUAUUGGCUAGUGGCAGACCUUUAAAUGGAGCUCCGAUCUGCGACGGAUUAGUCUUUCGCCUGUCGGGUUGGGGAUACCGUGGGCAACAAAAAAAAAAAAAAGAAGUGUGAUCUACUGAUUUCACAAAAGGGUUCAUACAUCCAAUAAUAGAUGGAGUGGGGUCAACGAGACUCCAUCUAAUGGAUGAUGGGAGAUGAAUUGAGAAUUUGGGAUGAUGUUUGAAACUGAAUUGAAGCUUCUUAAAACAACGAAGGUUGGUGGUGGGGCAGAAUGUUUGAUUACCGUAGCACAUGCAUCGGUUUGGGACUUGAAAAUGAAGAUGGUGGGUUAGAUUUGGAAAUUUUUGGAUGGUAAUGACCUCUCAACAAUGAUUAUAUAUGAUUGGAUUUAUUUAUUUAUAUAAGAAAAAUAAUAGAUAAGGGAGGGAGUAUGUAAGAAAAAAUGAUAGACAAGUGGAUUCUUUUGACGUAGGAACUAUAGUUUUUAACAUAUGCUAAGGACUCAAUUUUCUAGCUUUGUAAGAAAAAAUGAUGUAACAAAAAUGGAAAAAUCAUGCACGUGUUAGGCAUGUUUUUGCAUUGAGGUUACCAUCAGAAUAUGUAAAUAAGUAAGUUAACAUACAAGCUACAAAUAAUGGAGGAUAGAAUCCAAAAGAAAUUAAGAAUGCAUUCGCCAUUUUUUUUAUACGGAAGG